GCGGCCCUCUGGCAUCGCGUGGCCCACUGAGCGGUAGCGCUUCCCUCCCCGUCCAGUCUCCUCCCGGAAAAGCUAGGGGACGCUCUGAUUCCUGAACCUGCCCCGAGCCCUGCCCUCUUCCUAGGCGGAAAGCACUGCGCUGUGAUUCACGGGCGAGCACAGCGGGAGGAGGCGAAAAGCGCGGGAGUCGAGCUAAGUUAGCAGCAGACUCGCAGCUCCUGGGCGGGGCGCACGGACCCAAGAGCUCGGACCGACGACACCGGCCGGGCUGGGGAUGCUGUGUCCCCAAGCGCUCCAGCUGCCUGGACUAGGAAUCACCGCCGGGUUCAGCAGAAAAGGAGUGCUUAGCAGGGAGGGAGAGAUUAGGAAGCACUUUUUGCUCACUUGGCCGCCUGAAGAGUAUACGGGAGUUGGCGAACUUCUGGAAGACCCGGACACCGAGAGAGCCCUGGAAACGGAGGAGGUGAUCCUACCGAGCACAACCCGCCGGCUCCAGCACUGAGCGCGCUGGGCCAUCAAAGCUCCCCGCCCCCUGAGACUAUAGAUCCGUACUUUUGAGUGGAGCGACUAACUUUUUUGUGGGUGUCUAGAGUGGCUCUGGGGAGCGAGAAGGGCAAGUGAAAUCAGACAGAGAGCCGCCUCUCUUAGUUUCCUGGUGGCCAGCUGUUAAAGCGUCACGUCUAGAAGGUGGCGGUCCUGGGACUUGGUGACGGCCCGGCCAGCUAGGCUUGCUUUCCCGGCAGCUCAGAUCUUACUCCGGAGCCACUUCUCCGCGUGCAUGUGCGCGCCGGCCUCGGCGCGGGGUGCGGGGCUCUGCGCUCCUGGCCUCAGCGGGGAUCCGAGUGGAUGGCCGCCUGGGGCUGCGCGGGGCCACCGCCUCCGCUGCCUGCGCAGGCCCGGGGCUGGCCUGGAAGAGUGGUAGCUAUGGCUGCCCUGGCAGGAUUCUGGGUCCUGAGCCUCAUCGCCUAUGGUUACCUGUCCUUCGGCCAGCGCUUAGAGAAGGAGGAGGGGUCUUGGCGAGCUCUAGCUUCGGAAAGACUGGAGCCCUCGCAGCCUCAUCUCAUCUUCAUCCUAGCUGAUGAUCAGGGAUUUAGAGACGUGGGCUACCACGGUUCUGAAAUAAGGACGCCUACUCUGGACAAGCUCGCUGCCGAAGGAGUUAAACUGGAGAACUACUACGUCCAGCCCAUUUGCACACCAUCCAGGAGUCAGUUUAUUACUGGAAAGUAUCAGAUACACACAGGUCUUCAACAUUCUAUCAUAAGACCUACCCAACCCAACUGUUUACCUCUGGACAAUGCAACCCUACCUCAGAAACUGAAGGAAGUUGGAUAUUCAACGCAUAUGGUGGGAAAAUGGCACUUGGGAUUUUAUAGGAAAGAAUGCAUGCCCACCAAGAGAGGGUUUGAUACCUUUUUUGGUUCCCUUUUGGGAAGUGGUGAUUACUACACACACUACAAAUGUGACAGUCCUGGCAUGUGUGGCUAUGACUUGUAUGAGAACGACAAUGCUGCUUGGGACCACGACAAUGGCAUAUACUCCACACAGAUGUACACUCAGAGAGUGCAGCAAAUCCUAGCUUCCCAUAACCCCACAAAACCUAUAUUUUUAUAUAUUGCCUACCAAGCUGUCCACUCACCACUGCAAGCCCCGGGCAAGUACUUUGAACACUACCGAUCCAUUAUCAACAUAAACCGUCGCAGAUACGCCGCCAUGCUUUCCUGCUUGGACGAAGCAAUUCACAAUGUGACCUUGGCCCUGAAGGCAUAUGGUUUCUAUAACAACAGCAUUAUCAUUUACUCUUCAGAUAAUGGUGGCCAGCCGACCGCAGGAGGAAGUAAUUGGCCUCUCAGAGGUAGCAAAGGAACAUAUUGGGAAGGGGGGAUCCGGGCUGUUGGCUUUGUGCACAGCCCACUUCUGAAAAACAAGGGAACUGUAUGUAAGGAACUUGUGCACAUCACCGACUGGUAUCCCACUUUGAUUUCACUGGCUGAAGGACAGAUUGAUGAAGACACUCAACUCGAUGGUUAUGAUGUCUGGGAGACCAUCAGUGAAGGCCUUCGUUCACCCCGAGUUGAUAUUUUGCACAACAUUGACCCCAUUUACACCAAGGCAAAAAAUGGAUCUUGGGCAGCGGGCUAUGGGAUCUGGAACACAGCCAUCCAGUCAGCCAUCAGGGUGCAGCACUGGAAGCUUCUCACUGGAAACCCUGGCUACAGUGACUGGGUUCCCCCUCAGUCUUUCAGCAACCUGGGGCCAAACAGGUGGCACAAUGAACGGAUUACCUUGUCGACUGGCAAGAGCAUAUGGCUUUUUAACAUCACAGCUGACCCGUACGAGAGGGUAGAUCUCUCUAGCAGAUAUCCAGGCAUCGUGAAAAAGCUCCUGAAGAGGCUUUCCCAGUUUAACAAGACUGCAGUGCCUGUUAGAUACCCACCCAAAGACCCCAGGAGUAACCCUCGGCUCAAUGGAGGAGUCUGGGGACCAUGGUACAAAGAGGAAAACAAGAAAAGGAAAGCAAACAAAAAUAAAGCUGAGAAAAAGAAAAAGAAAAGUAAGAACAAGAAGAAGAAACAGCCAAAAGCACGCUCAUCCCCAAAUUGCCAUUCAUGUAUUAUUCAUGGUUAAGUACGAAUGUUUUUCUAUUUAGUUAAAUAGUUUAGCAUAGAAACCCAGUCUUACACCUAUUUGCUAAGUAAACCAGCAAAUUUGGCUCAGAAAUAUCACUGCCAUAAGGAUUGGGCUUGUGUUCAUGCUGUGCCACGCCACAGACUUCCGCCACCUGGCUGCCACAUGGAAACAGUGCUGUGUAGUGCCAAAGGUGCUGCUUCCGGAAGUCACACUCAGAGGAGACUGGAUGUGUUGAGUUGUCUUGGUCCUUUAUAAAAGGUGGUCAGUCAUGGGAUCCACUGCUAUGCUUCUGUCAACUGACCCAACACUACACUCUAAAUUAUGAAAGGGGACUUAGCCUGCCAGUGAUGAGCAUGCUCAUUUGAUAGACAUUACAGGGCCCUAUGAUUAAAAACUACUUUUGAUAUAGUCAAAGGUUGUGUCACCUGAAUGGCCUUGGAAAAUAUUUUUUCUCAGUGAACUUUUGUAUCUCUAUAUUACACUUGGGUUUUUUAAUUAAUUCUAUUUCAUGUAUAAUUUCCUUUCCUUGAAAAUAAGCUGUUUUUCUCACAUAUGAGCAGCUUGCACCUCAUUUUAUCAUGCAUGAGGGAAAGGCAAAUAAGAAUGCUUGAGCACACUGCCAAAAA